GACAAGGAGCCAGGCUAGUGUCUUACAGGACGCUAGAUGCGUCGCGGCGGCAGUUUCUAGAGCUACGGGACAGUCUACAUAGGCUCCGGCACGCGCAAGCGUUCUACCGAGACCCAACCUCAGCGGCUUGCGCUUGCUGCACUCUGCCGGCUGUCGGCAGCUGUAUAGACCGACACGCCACUGCUGCAAAAACUCCUCGGACGCCGCCGACGCGGAGCGACCUGACGCCACUGACGUGGAGCCAACCCGACGCCAGCCGACGCGGAGCGGUUCGACAAGAUGGAGUCCUGGGAGCAGCUGCGAGCGCAAGCGAGGAAGAUCGAAGCGGCGUGGAACGCGCCCUCCUCAAUUAGCGUCGCUCGCGGCCGACGGCGACAGCGGCGCCGAGGCGCAGCGGCUCCUGAAGACGGUGGAGGACCACCUCAAGGCGCUGGCGGCGCGUCGCGACUCGCUGCAGGCCGAGGAGGCGCGAGCCGUCGCCGGGCGCGCAAGGCCGUCGUCGAGCGGUGUCGCGCCGUUGUUGUUGAUUAUUCGUCCGACGUCGGCCGCGUCGCUAAACAACUGCGCAAGAACGCGGACCGGGCGAAGCUCUUCGGGCGCGGACGACGUCGUCGACUUGGAGGGCGGGCCGGACCACCUCAAGGGCGUGCACCGCGAGCGGAAGGCGACGACGAACGCGCUGCGAGGAGUGGGCGACGUCAUCGAGCAGGCCCACGAGGCGCAGUCGGACCUGGCGUCGCAGCGCGAGACCCUCGAGGGCUCUACAAACACGGCGCAGUCGCUGACGGACCGGCUCCCGUCGAUCGACUCGAUCAUCCAGAAAAUGCGCCAGAAGAAGUACCGGGAGAACGCCGUCGUCGGCGUGACGGUCGGGUGCUGCGCGUCGUUUUUGCUCUGGGCCGUGCUCGCCGAUGGUGGCGC